AGAAAAAAUGGCUCAAGCUGAUAGAAAAGCAGUUGUUAAAAAUGCUGAUAUGUCAGAAGAAAUGUAAUAAGAUGCAAUUGAUUGUGCAAAUUAAGCAUUGGAAAAAUUCAACAUCGAAAAAGAUAUAGCUGUAUACAAUAUUUUUAAUCUUAGGCAUUCAUCAAAAAAGAGUUUGACAAAAAAUAUAAUCCAACUUGGCAUUGUAUUGUUGGUAGAAACUUCGGUUCAUACGUCACACAUGAAACAAAGCAUUUCAUUUAUUUCUAUAUGGGAUAAGUUGCCAUUCUCCUCUUUAAAAGUGGAUGAAAAUAAUAUAUUCAUAUAUAAAACCAUAUAUGCAUGCCGUGUC